AACUGCGGGCUGUAAAAUAUGCCUAGAUAUCAUCCUUACUAAAAAAUCACUGCCAAAAAAUACUUUCUGCAAUUCCAUCUGCGAUUAUCAAUCUAGUUUUUAUCGAUGUGUCGACAUGUCCAAUUUGCGGCUGUUGUGAGAGCACUCAACCCGAGGUGAACGGCGCCACCCUUAAAUGUUAAAAUCCGGCGAAAAUUAUUAAUUGUUGUUCAAAUUCAAAUCAAAACAACAAUAAAAUAAAUACAGUUAACUAAUAAUAUAAUUAUAAUAGUUCGUGGAGACGAUAGAUAACAACAUAUCUGAUAACGUUACUCUUGAUAAACGGUUUUCAAUUUCAAAAUCAACAUGAGUCUUGCCAGAGGACGAGAACGACGCUCCGGAGCAGGAGCACGAAUGGCUCGGCUUAUCAACGAGGAGGAAGAAGAUGAAUUUUACGCCACAACUUACGGAGGUUUUGAAGAGACUGAGGAUGAUAACGAAUAUAAGCAAGAGAAAGAAGAAGACGAUGUGGUAGAUUCUGACUUUGAUAUUGAUGAGGACGACGAGCGUAUUUCUGACGGAGAUGAUGAAGACAAACCAAAACGUGCAAAACGACUCGUAACCAAAGCUUACAAGGAACCAACGACUAAGAGAUCGGGUCCAAAAAAGAAAGUCGUAACUCAGAAGAAAGUCAAGUUUGAAAAGAGGAAAAGAGAAGAAGUUGACGCUUCCGAGACUGACGAAUCGGAAUCAAAAAGUCCAAAAGGAAAAUCUCCUUCAAAAAAGAAGCGUAAAGUUGUUUAUGAAGAUGAUGACGAUGAUGAUGAUUUUGAUGAUCUUUUUAUACCAAAAAAAGAGAAUGAUGAUGAAGAUAAAUCAGAUGAUUACGAUAAUCUUUUUAUACCAGCACCUUACGAUCCAUCUAGCAAGAAAAAUAAGGCUACAGCGAAGCAAGAGAAGGACAAGUCUCCAGCCAAAAGUGUGGCUGGGACUAGUUUCUCCCCACUCCGGAAAGCUGUCAGAACUUCAACCACUUUGAAAUCUGUGGAGACGAAAAAACGGGUUCAGGAAAGACAAAAGGAAGAAGAUAAAAGGAAAAAACUGUGGAGAGAGAGACAAGUUGACGAGAUAAAGUAUACGCAGGAAGAAUUGUUCCAAGAAGCCAAAAUUACCGAGAAAAUCAACUUGGAAUUUCUAGAAAACUUUAAACGAAUGGAAUUGGAAAAGAAAAAGGCUAAGCCAUUCAAGAAAGGUCCAAUCGUUCCAAUGGUUCGGUACCAUUCCUCACUCAUGAAACGUUACAAGCCAAAGGAGGAAUUUGAAAAUAAGAAUGUGGAAAUGCUCGCAGAUUCCAAACGGAUAAAAAGAAAGGACGAUGUUUAUGAACGAACUUUUGUUUCUUUCAGCCACGUUCCAAUGGCAAAGGAUACAUUUGCUCAAUUUAAAAGAACGAGGAAAAGGAUGCCUCCAAAAUUAUGCACUCUGACCAAGAUUAAAACUCCCUACUUUGAUCCCGUAUUGAGAUCUCCGUAUUACAAUGCUGAUAUUUUCAAAGUAUUGCGAGCCGCCUACAAUCGAAUGAUUUUUUUACGUGGUGAUCGAAGAAACAAAUUUGUGCGUCGAUAUUGUGAAUGGUUGGAGAGGAUGCAUCCUCAGAUCUACAAUAGGGGGAAUUUGGCUACUAACAAGACUCUUGCUGCACAAAUAGGAAGUGCUUCUACUGAACAACAAUCAGAUGACAAUGAUGGUGAAGCAGAAGAAGAAGCAACAACUUCAACUUCAACAGCAGUGGUUAAAGCAAAAGGAGUGACGCCAGCAGAUUCUGAUUCAUCUGACUCAACCCCAUCACCUGAGAAAAAGAAGAAACCUGUGAGCAAAGGAAAUCCCGGAGGUAUCAAAGCCAGCACCCGGACCAAUCUCAGGAAAUCUGCGUCAAACCAGAUUUCAAAUGGUCCGGAUGAGAAGCACAGACCUGCAGGAUCUUCUGCUGCUGGUCACAAGGGGUCAAAGUUUGGUCGUUUACCAGUCAGAUCAACAUACAGGCCACCAGCGAGUAGAGUUCGGCCGUUGCCUAACGUCAUUGUUAAGCCUGUACCAGCUCUUCCUCCCCCAACCGCUGUGAAACAAACUAAACCGCGUGUCAUGGCUAAACCCAAGGUGAAAGUUGCGCAGGUAGCGGCUGCAACCACGGACAGGAAGAUGUUAAUUACUUCUUCUACUCUGGUUACUGCACCUGCUACUGCUUCAACUCCUAAUAUUCAGAUGAAUGCAGGAAUAAAUUCCAACCAGCCUGCCCCCAUUAGAACAUACGGUUCAAAGUCAAAAAUUGUCCCCUUCUUGGCUGAGAACACAAUUUUGGCAAGUGGAGGUGGAGACUUGACACUAUCUUUACCUUCUACUACCACUACUCCUGCCACUCCAACUCCGGUGGAAAUACCAACGCUAUCAGCAGCUGCUACUACAAUUAUUCAACCAAAUUCAACCAUGCCCACGUUGAGUAAUCCCCCGAAACAGGUCGUAUUUAGUGGGAGAAAUAUCGCACGAUCCUUAAUGGUACAGACUCCUGUACAAUCCAUUUUAAGCAACCAGCAGAAUCAGAAAUCAACGCCCAUUCUGAUUAGAAGUUUGAAUCCUACUCAAAUUCAACAAACUCAGUCAGGAGGAGCCGGAGGAACUACUACUGCCGUUAUUCAAACUUCUUCGGGGGGGAUUCAAAUCCCAACUUCUGGAAUGCAGUUUACCGUUGGACCUGGAGGUAGCCCUGGUUUUGCUCUUGUGAACAUCCGAGGAGGAUUGGGCGGUAUUCCGACCGUCCUUCGAGGAAAUGUUACUCAGAGUUUUACUGGGAGCCAAGUUGUGCGGUUCCUUCAACAGUCUGGACUCCUCUUGCAACAACAGCCUAUGGCGGGAGGACAAGCCGGCCAGGGUGGAAUAUCCACUGUGAAUACAACUCUCCCACUUACUGUACGACUUCCAGUGUCUGCUGUUCAAACCGUACAGUCUUCGGGACAACAAGGCAGUGGUACUGCUGGCCAAGUAGUAACAAUGACAAGUUCAUCAGCUGCCGUAUGCAGCACUGCUUCCGCAAUAGUGGCCGCAAAUAACACGGUUCGUUUAGCUGCAAGAUCUGGAGUAACCGGAGUCACACAAUUUCAGCUCGUGUCAAGAUCGCCCAAUACAAUUGUGAGUACUGGAAGUGGGGGGACGGUGACAAGUACGAGCACCGCGGUCGCUAGAACACCGAUCCCCGCUGUGGGAAUUAGUAUGGCUGGGAAUCGUGUUGUGAAACCUGGCACAGUAACCACGGCCAGUGGGAUUAGAGCAGCUACUAUGACGGCAUCACAAUUGAGGUCGGCAUUAGCUGGGGGUACACAUGCUGUUAUUCGGGCUCAGGGAAAUAUUGGAAAUAUUACCACUCUUAGGACCGCAACAGGACAAAAUAUUGCUGGAAAUGUAAGAGUAAGUAUUCCCACGAGUGGUGGUGGUAUGACGCGAGCUAUCCUGACACAAGGAAGUUCACCACGAACUGCGUCGGGAAUGUUGAGACCGGUCACAAUUGCAACGGCUGGAAUGAGACCCCUUAACGCCACUGUCAGAGCAACCGUAUCAGGAGGACAGGUGUGGCAAACCCAAACCGUGAGUGGAGGCACGACCGGUACUCGACUUGUAACAGUUCCGGUUACCGGGGUAAGACCCACAGCGUCGUCCAUGGUUGCCAACAACCCCGGGGUUAGAAUUGCUCGUAGACCUCUUCCACCUGGGACAACAACGACCACCGUCCUAAUGCCCGUGGCUCGAAUGCAGCAACAACAACAACAUAUUCUGAACCCGUCUCCAGCCAACGUUAAUGUGACCAAUAACACUCAGUUACAACAACCACAAACUCAACAAAUAGUUGUGACCAGUAGUGUAGUAGAUUCUGUGACUUCCACUCCGUUGACUGCGUCAGGUGGUGGGUCAGAUGUCAAUGUGAUUGCGAGUAAUUCCGCAAACUUUGGCAGUAACGAAUCUCAAACUCCUUCUUCAGGAGGACAGUAAUACUAUUUUACAGUCGCAGUAUUCUUUAACUGACUACAAAUAGUUUGAUGUUCAUAAUUGUGAUAUUUAAUCAUAUCAAAUAUUCAAAAUAAUAUCGUUGCUUAAUUUAUAAAAAUUUCAUUCUUUUAUUAAUAUAUCAUGCCCAAGCUAAAUUCGACAGUUUAUCAUCCUCUCUAUUUUUAACCUAGUUGUUUAUUAUUAUUGUAAAAAUUCUUGUUUUAUUUACAAAUAUAUUAUGAUGUGGGCUUAAAGCAAACGUAUGUAUAGCUGAAGGGAAAACAAAUAAAAGCACAAACUGAAAUACAUGAAAUGCAUUUCAGUAUAAAAUGCA